AUGUCUUUCAGAAGUAAUCCUCUCCUUCAGAAUGAACUUACUGCUUGGUGCAGAGAGGCUGGAAUCGACCCAGCGCACGCUUUGCUGUUGACAGGAGUACCAGAAAGUGCAGAGGUUACACACAUUGAAGAAGUUGCCGAAAGGGUGAAAGUCUUCGGAAGAGUGCGCGUUCGAGAUACGAAAAAAGGAGCCACACCCACCUCACUACUGGUGUUGUGUGAAUCUAAAGAGGCCGUAGACCCAACACGCUGUCCUACCGAGCUGAGACCCAACACUGAUGAUGAUGAUGAUGAGGAGAUCUGGAUUGUGAUUGCGGCCACUGACCAAACAUCUGCCACAACGACACCUGCAGGAUUUGCAGACAAGCUCUCCAAGUUGCUCAGGGAUGAAGGAAAGACUAUGACGGAUCUGCAGGCUCUGUUCCCUCCGCUUAGUUCCAAUCUCAGUUCCCCUGAGUCAAUCAUCCGUGCCGUCGGUGAAAUACUAGAAAAAAAUGCCAGACCACAAAGUGACAGCAGUGCCUACCGUCGUUUACGUACCUUCUCUGGCACUAUUCCACCACCGACGGGAGAAGAAACCAUGGAACAUUGGGUCGAGCAGGCUAAAAUGAUGAUAACUGAAUGCGAGUGCUCUGAGAAAGAAAAACGUAGAAGGAUUGUUGAAAGUUUAAAGGGACCAGCCCUGGAGAUUAUAAAAGCAGUUCGCUUGUCCAGUCCUGAUGCUAGCGCCCUGCAGUACCUUGAAGCUCUGGAAAGUACAUUCGGAUCAUCGGAGUCUGGUGAGGACUUGUACUUUGCUUUUCGGCUCCUCCGACAGUGUCCUGGCGAGUCCUUAUCUUAUUUUCUGAGAAGGAUGGAGAAAUCACUCACUAAAGUCGUGCAAAGAGGUGGGAUAAAUCCAGCAAAUGUUGACAAAGCGAGAGUUGAAUAA